GUUGUUGUUGUGUUGUUCCUCCUUCUUCUUUCACCCACUUUAACUUAACCGUUUCUUUCCUCCCUUCCCCUGACUCAACUCAAUCAUCACACAGUGAUGGUGGCGUUGUCGCUGUUUGCACAAUCAAAAUCCAAAGGUGGCAGUAGAUGACGAGGAAAGUUGAAGGCAGAGAAGCAUCCCAGACUCGGACAAUGGUUAGAAACAUGACACGGAAGUACUAAAAAGUCGAACUACGAGAAGGAGAGAAGAAGAACGCACGCUGGGCUCUCUACCCCUUUUAUCAUAUAUUUUUUUGGACCUUACCGUGUUGUUUUUCUUGUCCUUUAUUGUUUCCUGCUUCUCUUCCCUGUCGUAUCCACACACUAUAUAUGUAACUUUCUGCUCCCUUUCUUCUUCCUCUUUAUCUUUCUCCACUCUCUGCUCUCUGUCGCAUGUUGCUCGAUUUUAAUACCCAACAACACACCAUACCCAUUUUUUCUUUAUUCCCUCACCCAUGUCGCUCAAGCGCCGCCCCGAUGACGGCAAGACUCCAGACGACAAGCGGAGGAAGCCGCCUCCUUUCUCCAGGUUCAAUUUUGUUCUGGGUGUCCCUGUCAAAAUGCUCUCGUGGGAUCAGGGACUUCAGGGACUUCCACGUGUUUGUUUAAAUUGUGGUGCGUGACGUGAUGAGAUUACAAUCACUCGGGCAUUUGCUGGAGCCAAUUCUUGAACCAUUGGUUCGGAAAGUGGUUAAGGAAGAAGUUGAAGCUGCCCUAAAGAGGCAUUUAACCAGCAUGAAACAGACCUGUGGGAAGGAGUUGCAUACUACUGAAUUAAGAAAUUUGCAGCUGCAGUUUGAAAACAGCAUUUCUCUGCCUGUCUUUACUGGAGGUCGGAUUGAAGGAGAGGAUGGUUCUAACCUAAGAAUAAGUUUAGUUGAUGGCCUAACUGGGGAGGUUGUCUGUACAGGACCUGAAUCCAUGGCUAAGGUGGAAAUUGUAGUUCUUGAGGGUGAUUUUGAAGAAGAAAGUGAUAUUUGGAUGCCCGAAGAGUUCAAGAGCAAUAUUGUGAGAGAGAGGGAAGGAAAAAAGCCCCUUCUUACAGGAGAUGUAAUCUUAUAUCUUAAAGAUGGUGUUGGUAUGGUGGGUGAAAUUUCGUAUACGGAUAAUUCAAGCUGGACAAGGAGCCGCAGGUUCAGGCUUGGGGCAAGAGUUUUGGACAACUUUGAUGGUGUUAGAAUAAGAGAAGCAAAGACAGAAUCAUUUAUUGUCAGAGAUCACAGGGGAGAAUUGUAUAAGAAGCACCAUCCUCCUAGUAUGUCGGAUGAAGUUUGGAGAUUGGAAAAGAUAGGCAAGGAUGGAGCUUUCCACAAGCGUUUGAGUCGGGAAAAGAUCCUUACUGUUAGAGAGUUUCUCACGCUUCUCAAUCUGGAUCCAGCAAAGCUGCGCAGUAUACUGGGCACUGGGAUGUCUGCAAAGAUGUGGGAAGUAACUGUGGAGCAUGCUCGAACUUGUGUACUUGAUACAACUAGGCACGUGUACUUCCCUUCUAAUUCUCAGCAACAUGGUGUGGUCUUCAAUGCUGUGGGACAAGUGACUGGACUGCUUUCUGAAUGCGAGUAUGUCACAGUAGAUAAGCUGUCUGAAACUGAAAAGGUUGAGGCUCAAAACACAGUUGCUACUGCAUUAAGACAAGGGGAGAAAUAUGCAACUUUUGAAGAUGAAGAUUCUCUCAUGGAAGGGUCUUCACACUUAACUAAUGUACUUCACUCUCACUCCCCAAGCUCUCCCAAGACUGAGGGAUCAAGUGCCAACAAGCUUUUGGGUCCCCAAAAAACUGGAGGAUUCAAUUACCCCCAAACAAAUGCCUCUUCUCCAGAUAUCAUGUCAUCCAUUUAUUCUGUUGGUGGAACUAGUAGCUUGGAUGACUAUUGCUUGCCUAAUUUCGACAACAUGGGCCUCAGAUAUGAUCAGACCCUCAGUUUUCCUGUCCAAGUCUCCAACUCUUUGAUCUGUGACACUGAUUCAAUGGCUCAUGCUUUUAGUGAAGAAGAUCAUCUGCAAUUUUUUGAUACUGAUCUUCAAUCUCACGUUGAAGCUGACUUACAGAGUGCUGUUGAUAGCUUCAUGCUCGCACGUUCUACAGCCAAUGGUGGUGCGCAGAGGAGAUGGAGAAAGGUAUGCAACGUCCUAAAAUGGUUCAUGGUUAGGAAACGAGGAAACCAAAUACAGGUAAGGUUGUGAAGAAAAUGAAAGUUCAGUUACUAAUGUACAUUGCGCUCAUGAAUGCGACAAAAAAUUAUUCUGCCCCUUUUAAAGAGAAAAAGUUAUGGUUUCUCUUAGAUGUAAGUAAAUACAUCUGUGCAUUUGUUCUUAAAGCUUGCCAGAUGUCAUAGAAUUGCUCUACCCUUUGGUUAUUAAUUUUGUAUAUACUUGUAUUUUACGGUCAGGAGAGGAUUUCUGGUUGUUGGCAGAUGCUUAGUAAUUUCAAGAUCCAGUUACCUUUAUUCUGGAUCAUAUUUUUGUAAGCAUGUUGUCUAAUAAAAUCAGUUUUUUUCCGAGAA